AUGUAUAUGCUCAAUACCAGAUAUACUUUCAUAAAUGGUUGGAUUGUUGAUUUAGAAAAUGGAAAAAUUAUCAAUCCAGAUUUGAAAACGUAUAAACCAUUGAAAAAAUUAUUGGGAGAUCUUCAAUAUUGGAAUUGGGAUGAGUAUUUCAAGCAGAGUGAUCAUUGCCAACUUUACUGCGAUGAUUCCAGCGUUUUGUUCGGAUUAAUCGAAAUGGAAGAUUAUAAUUUCUUAAGAAUGAAAGAUCAUACCAUAACAAGAGAAAAGGAAUCCAUAUGGAAUAGAAAUAGAAAUAGAAAUAGAAAUCGAAUAGUCGACAUAAUAGAAGUACAAGCCCAUAAGAUAUCUAUUAGCAAUCAUAAGGUUGUGUACCUGCAUUAUCAUCCAAUUACUGAAGGGCAACUACCGUACUGUAGAGAUAACUUCUUUGAACCCUCAAAAAUCCGUCAUCAAUUAAUAAAUGUCGCUGAUGAAUCGUUUCUUGAAAUUGAUGGAUUUUUAGUAAAUCUUAUAUCAAGACAACUUUCAAGUAUGCAUUCCAAGACUCUUCGAGCAUUCUUAUCACUUGAAAAUUGGCUAAGCUUAAAAAGUGUUGCUAAUGCCAAUUCUUUAGAAAAAUUACAAAAUAUGACUUCAAAUUAUAUAUUCACUGAAAGAAAAUCGAUAUUCCAUGUACUUGAGGGGCAUGUCUAUGUAAACUUUAGGUUGGUUAAUGAUCAUUUUGUCUGUCAGAAAUGUGACGAUGAAGAAGCAACACAUAUAGCACAUCGUGUAUCAUUUAAUCACUCCAAUGGCUCUAAAAUCAAAUAUGUUGUAUACCAAGAGGAGUUACCAGGCAAGGAAUUAUUUGACUAUGGACCAAUCUUGAAGCAAACCAAAGAAGAACUGUCCAUUUUAGAUUCCAUAUUAAAUGGAGAUAUUAACUCACUGGAGCUUGAAUUUACAGAAUCAGAAGAAGUAGUCAAACCAAGUUGCCGGUUCAUAUUUGAUUACACCUUAUUAAAACUUCAGAAUUUGAAUAUAGAUUUUGAAGUGAAUAUGGAAAGUUGUCAUCAUAGCGAAUACGAUACUGGAAAGAAAAAAUUAAUCAACCUAUGUCAAGAAAAAUUGGAAUCGAAAUUUGAAUUAUUAAAGGACUCUCUACUUUUUGAAUCAGAUCCAUGGUUUGGUACUAGAUCGUUUACAUUACUUUAUCGAAGGCAUGAACGAAAAUUACGAGAGAAUAUUGAGAAAAUCGUUGGCAUUUAUUUUACAUCUCUUUUGAAGCAAUUCUCGUUACCUGAACGGGAAGUUUUAAUAGAUGAGAUUCCUUCAAAACGAUAUAUAAUUGUUGAUAGAUUUCUUAUUGAUAUAGUUGGAAAACGAGUUGUUGAUCCAAUGGAUCAUGAACUGCUUAAAGAAAUGACUUACCGUGAAAGAGAGAUCACUUUUGGUAAAGGACUCUACGAUUGGAAUCUCCUAUUAUUUAAUGAAGAUCCAAUACCGACUUUUUCAACUAUUCUGUUCAAUUUGGUUGAAUAUUCAAGUUCUCAAAUUCUAUGGGACAGAUAUGGGGAUAUUCAUUUACAGCCUACAAUGAUAAAUGCCAAUGGUUCAAACGUUCAAAUAAGGAGGACUGUAGCAAUCGAUCUUAAGGAGAAUGGAAUACGAUAUAUUUACGAAGCUAAACCAAAUGAUUUCGAUAUUGUUAGUAAAGGUCUUCCAAUAACAGACGAAACACAUAUCCCUAAGAAUCCUUCUAUAGAACAAGGUUUGGAAAACAUGAACAAGUUCUGUUCAUUACAGAAUGUGCAUGAGUCGUUUCGCAGUUUAGUUUUUCCGGAUGAAAAGAAUGGUAGCUCAACUGAUGAAUGA